AUGACCGACGAGAACGAGCCAGGACCAGGAGGACAGGACAACCCGCAGGACGGCGGCCAGCCAAAUCAGCCCAUCCUAGAUGAGUCUCGCAAUCCGUUCCGAGCGAAAUGUCCAAACUAUCACGGUUUGGAAUGGGACAACUUUAGAAAGCAGCUCAUCGACGACGGAACCGUCGCCACCGAUGACGACGCCGUGGCACGUCUCAAGGCCAAGUGGCAGGAGAACAUCGAGAAGAAGAAGGAGGAAUGGGUCAGGCAAGGUGGGAGAGCUCCCGACCCAGAGCUGCAAGACGGGCAGCAGGAGGGGGUUCGUGAGAGGAGCAGGGGUAGACGAGAGGGAGGAAGAGGGCGAAGAAGGAGGAGACGAUCCCCGCGAAGUACGUCCUCCAAAGGCAGAACCGGCCCAGACUCCAUCGUCGAUCCUCCCGCUCGCGCGAUCAUCAACAAGCUCAAAGACUUCGAAUACGUCGAACUUGCCCACUUCACCGCCAGCGCGAGAGAGCGAGCCAAGAAUGAUGUUCGCGGGACGGACGAGGAAACCUUGGCCUGGUCAAGAUCUACCAACGCCCUCACAAUCACGACCAUGCCCGCAUCAUCUCGCAACGUGCGACAGGACGAGGACCUCACCUGGGACGAGGUGAUGCAAGCGCGAAUCCAGUAUCUCAACUGGCUAGAGAGGUCCAAGUGGCCCGACGAGUACGUCACGAUGAUCGCCCAGUUCUUCUGGGGCCUGGAUACACACGAGCUUCGGGGCCAGACGGGCGGCCCUGGCAUCCUCGUCCGCUACCAAGCGCAGUAUCGCAGAGAAUGGCACAACACGUUGCGCGAAGGCGAACCGUUCAACCUAGCGUUGAUCAACGAGAAGGCGUUGAAGAACAUCCAGAGCCAGGUC